ACCACUCGCUGUUUCCCAAUGAGUCUUGACCUUUAUUCGAGGUUACUUAUAUUUAAAUAGAAGACGAAUAUUCUUAUCGAUGUCUGGCUUAUUUCUCUUUUAAGUCAAUUCAGUUCACGGUCAUGUUUUGGAUCAUCCUGUUAACAGUUUUUUCGGCAGCGCACGCAAAGCAUGUGCGGAUAUGUGUUCCGGAAUCAUUAUCAUCGGCAUGCAACGAAAUGGCUUCCGAUCUGCCUGAAACAUUCUCGUGUAUCACUCAACCUGACACUUACGGAUGCUUAAAGAAAGUGAGCGUUGGUGAUGCCGAUCUUGUGAAUGCAGAUCCUUCAGCUCUAUAUGUGGGAGGAUUUUUCUUUAACUUGCAACCUAUAACUACUGAACUGGUGGAUGGACUGCCCCACAGAUAUGAAGGGGUUGCUGUGGUGAGAAAACAAUCUGACAUUGAGUCAGUGGACGAUCUCCAGAACAAGUCCUCCUGUCACACGGGAUUGGGGCGGACUGUCGGAUGGCAGAUACCAGUGGGGAGACUGCUGCAAUCUCACACAAUGGCCCCAGACUGCGAAGAGGGAGAGUUGGCAGCUGUCCAGAGGUUCUUCGAUGGAAGCUGUGUGCCUGGACAAUGGUCAUCCGAUCCCGUCGUAGAGAAAAAACUCAAAUCCAGAUAUCCGAACUUGUGCAGUAGGUGCAAAGAUUCUUCUUCGUGCUCAGGAGAUGAUGCAUAUGCUGGAUACGAAGGGGUGAUGAAGUGUAUCUCAGAAGGAGCGGCCGAUGUAGCUUUUACAAAAAUUUCUGCACUCAAGGAAUUUCUGGAUAAAAAUCCUGAUUUCGAAGAAAAGGCAGAACUGCUAUGCUUCGAGGGAGGAAGGAAAAGUGUGCGGGAUGCUCAACCAUGCAUAUGGGGAACACGUCCCACCAACGCAUUCCUUACUCGAACAGAUGAUCCAGAAGAAGAGGAACGUUUAGUUGGAAUUCUUUUACAGACCCAAUCCCGGUUUUCUAUUCCAAAAGGUCGACUCCCCGAUUGGUACCACAAGACUUUUCUGUCUCAUUCAAAAGUCACAACUUUACGACCCACUCAACCCGAGAAGAGAAAUUAUGUUGACUAUUUAGGAGAUUUCCUCCAUACAAUUCGGAAGCCUCGACACGGAUGUGACAAUAAACAGAAUGAUGUCUCCUUCUGUGUUACUUCUGAAGAGGAAUUGACCAGAUGCCAGGAUUAUUCGAGAUCUGCCAAAGGAAAAGGUCUCUGGCCCGAACUGAACUGCGUGAAGACCACAUCUAAGGCUGCUUGCAUGCAAUUGGUGAAGGAAGGCAACGCUCAUUUGCUUGUCCUCGACGGUGGAGAUGUUUACAGAGCUGGAAGAUAUUUUGACUUGCAACCCAUUGCAUCAGAACUCUACAAUGGAUCUGAUGCUACGUACUACUCAGUUGCUGUGAUACGAUCUGCUUCUGAUGUCACAAAACUGUCGGAAUUGAGAGGUUUGCGUUCCUGCCAUACUGGAAUCGGAAGAACGGCUGGAUGGGUCAUGCCAAUCGGAAAUCUGUUGGGGGAGGGACUGUUGCCACCAGGAGACUGCAAUCAUGCUACUGCAAUCGCCGACUUCUUCUCAGCUGGAAGUUGCGUGCCCGGCGCCAAUGAUACAAAAUACAACAGAGAGAGGACACGAAGCGAAGAUCUCUGCAAGCACUGCAUUGGAGAUGAAGAGGGACUCAACAAGUGUUCACGUGAUUCAAAAGAGCGGUUCAGUGGGUAUGCAGGAGCCCUGCGUUGUCUCUCCCAGGGGAAGGGGGACGUAGCCUUCGUAAAGCACACCACAGUUCCUGAUUAUACAGAUGGGCACAGUCAAUUGCCCUGGACCAGGGACCUUCUCUCUUCUGAUUUCAUGCUCCUAUGUGACGGAGGUGGAACUGCUCCGGUCAUCAACUAUCAACAGUGCAAUUUGGGAAAAGUCCCUUCACACCAGGUUGUCAGCAAUAAGCAGAACCUGUCGCGAAAACGAAGACUUAUCCUGGUUCGAUUUUUGGCAGACACCUCGAAAUAUUUCGCCAACGAUUCCACUUUCUAUCGCCUGUUCCGUGCCGGUGAUCAACCGGACCUUCUCUUCAAAGAUUCGGCCACUGGACUGAAGGUGACACGCUUUGAAGAUUCUUAUGAAGACGUUCUGGGACCAAAGUUUAUGGAAGCAUCGAGUGUCACGGAUCCCAAACAUUGUUGAAAUCAUUUCUGGUCACUUAUUUGUAUAAAAGUUGAUUCUUAUUAAAAACACCAUUUUUUU